AUGCACUCCAGCUUCAUCCUCAACGCUAUGCUCGCCCUCGGCGCUGCUGUGGGAGUUUCCGCCUCGGCCAUCACUCCUCGGGCCAACCGCAAGGCUAACGAGUUCUCCAGUGAUAACUGUGCUCAAGGAACCGCCUCCUACGAGCACGAAAGCAACUACAACGUUGAUGUCACGAUGGAUGAUAGCAGCCACUCCGUCUACUUUGCCUCUGGCCCCUGGUUCUACUACAGCGAGAAGACUGGCGAUGGCGCCUCGUGCGCGGGCGAUCUGCUGGGGAACUGGGCCAACGACAAUGACCACCCGUGCGUGAAUUUGGAUCAGCGGGAUGGUGACAGCCGCCGCAUCAAGUGCGUCAAGUGGAACAAUGGCAAUUAA